GGCGAAUGACUCGGAUGGGCAAGGUCAGGUGCUCUAAUUCAGAGCAGUGUAUUGAACCUAAUGAUAGCUAUUAUGCAGAUGCCGUGACCAUUUUUGAAGAUCCUCACGUCUCGAGUGCAGAUGACUCCCACCAUCCAGCCAUUGUCGGUGGUGAUGUGAGCGACAGCGGACCGACGCCACCCGCCACAUCAUCCGGUGACCCGAAUAUCCUUCGGUGUCAACACCAUGUGCAAGGUCAACCUUGCGGAGUGCUCAUCGAAGGAGGAUUCUCCAGCGUCUUAAAGCACUUCGCCUACAUGCACGUUCGCCCUCGCAUUUACGCGAACGCAAGAUCUGACCGUCCCGAGGAGUUUUGGAUCUGUCGCUGGGGCGGCAAGUGUGACAGCCGCAUUCGCAAGGAGGGCUUUAAGAGGCAUGUCCUUGGUCACCUCGUUCGGUGGAAAUGUUCCACUUGCUCGUCGACAUAUUCUCGAGAUGAUAGCGCCAGAAAACACGCCAAGGAUUGUGGAGAUGGUAGGAUCGUCAUGCUGCCGCGGCUGGAGGUUCGUCCACGACGGCUGUAAGAAGGGGGAAGAAAACCAACACACAACUCCCUUAGUGCACUUAUAUAAAGGGGAAUUCUGGGAAUUCUCUCGGUUGAAAGUUCCCAUAUAUUUAUAGCUCGAACCCAUCAAGUCUUUGUGUAUGUACGCAGAUGGCUUGCAGUACUACUUACUAUACUUACUCGACGAACGCAGCUGUUCGCUUCCUAAUUCCUAUUUCCAUCUGUAUCGAAUCUCACAAA